AUGUUGAUCAAUUUUAUAAGUACACUCCAUUACCUCAUCCAUGCCUCCCCCUCCACCACCACCACCACCACCACCACAGUCCUCCGCAUCUCUAGAUUGCAAUCCCUCUUCCUCCUCCUCCUCCUCCUCCUCCUCAUCUCCGCCGCCCCCACGGAGGCUCUCACCUGCUCAAACCUCCAAUCCACAGCUCAAAACUCAUGUCCACCCUUCACUUCCACUCCCUCUUUCCCCUUCUCUUCCUCACCAGGCUGUGGCCACCCCUCCUUCCAAAUCCAAUGCUCUUCCCCACACUCUCUCAUCACCAUUAACAACCUCUCUUUCUCUCUCCUCCGCUUCGACUCCAACUCCACUCUCAUCCUCUCUCCUCAACCCACCACCACAACCCCAUCUAAUUGCACCUCUGCUCACUUCCUCUCCGUCCCGGAUCGACCCAUCAAUCUCUCCGGCUCCCCAUUUCGAGUCUCGGACUCGUCCUGUUCUCGCCUUUCUGUUCUCAAACCAUGUCUCCAUCCAAAUCUCCCAAAUUGCAGUCACUGUCCUUGGGAUUGCCAGCUCAUCAAAACCCCAGUUCAGCUCUUACACGGUUGUGGAUCUAGGCAUCAUCAAGUCUCGGAGCAAGGCUGCCAAAGCGACAUUCUCGGAUUUCUCGACAAGUUCUUGUCUUUCGGGAUUGGAAUCGAGUGGGACGAAGACAUAGACGCUUAUUUCUCAAAUUGCAGAGCUUGCCAGGCCAACAAUGGAGUCUGCGGCUUCAAUUCCUCCGACCCCAAAAAGCAAUUCGUAUGUUUUCGAUCUCACAAUCAAAUCUCUCACCCAUUGAUUCGUCAACACGGCCCAAGUCGAACGGCAAUGUUGUGUUCGAUUUUUGUGUUCAUGUGUUUGUUAGCUGUUUUAUCAAUUGCUUCUGUAAUUGUCCGAUCAAGAAAAAAGUCAUCUCCGGCGGCGGAGGAAGAAGACCCAACAAUCCUCUACCUCCGCCGCCACCGCGCCGCCAGCCUCCUCCCUCCGGUAUUCACCUACGAAGAGCUUGAGUCCUCCACCAACCGGUUCGACCCGAAACGCAAAAUUGGGGACGGCGGGUUCGGGUCAGUCUAUCUGGGUCAGCUAUACGACAACCGAAUCGUCGCCGUGAAACACCUCCACAACCACCACCCUACCGCCACUGCCUCCGCCGGAGCCAGAGCUUUCUCGGCCAAAUCGUUCUGCAACGAAAUCCUCAUUCUCUCUUCGAUCAAUCACCCAAACCUAGUCAAGCUCCACGGGUACUGUAGCGACCCGAGAGGUCUGCUCUUAGUCUACGACUACGUCCCAAACGGAACACUCGCCGAACACAUUCACGGCAACAAAAGCUUGUUCCGAAACGGGUCGUUAACAUGGCAAAUCCGGGUCGAUUUAGCUUUACAAAUAGCUAUGGCGAUUGAGUAUCUUCAUUUCUCAGUUGUGCCUCCGAUUGUUCACAGAGAUAUAACUUCUUCGAACAUUUUUGUGGAGAAAGAUAUGAGAAUCAAAGUGGGUGAUUUCGGGCUUUCGAGGUUGUUGGUGUACCCGGAAACGAAUACGGGUCCGCAGGGGACACCGGGUUAUUUGGAUCCGGAAUAUCAUAGGUCGUUUAGGUUGACAGAGAAGAGCGAUGUGUAUAGUUUUGGGGUGGUGUUGUUGGAAUUGGUGACGGGGAUGAAGGCGGUGGAUUGGAGGAGGGAGAGGAGGGAGGUGGGUUUGGUGGAUUUGGUGGUGGGGAAGAUUCAGAUGGGGUUGUUGGAGGAGGUGGUGGACAAGGUUUUGGUGGCGGAGGGUGGUGGUGGAGAGGUGCUUGAUGGGGUUGGGGCGGUGGCCGAGCUGGCGUUUAGGUGUGUGGCGGCCGAUAAGGAUGACCGGCCUGAUGCGAGGGAGGUGGUGGCGGAGCUGAGAAGGAUUCGCAACCAAAUACGCGGCUGCGGCUGCGGCUGCGGCGGCGGAGGUGGAGGUGAAGGUGGAAGUUUGAAGGGGGCUUCGGAGGUUGGUUUAGGGUAGAAAAAGAGGUACGAGUUUCGAGACCUGGUAUUGGAGGGUUUUUUUUUUUUGUCUGUUGUGUGUGUGCGCAUAGGCAUGUGGGGUUUUGACUCUUGACUCUUUGACUGACAAGUUCAUUAUGUAUAUCAAUGAGUAAAAAAAGAAGCCGCAAGUAAAUAGUAGCUCUUCUUCUAUUUAUCCUUUGUUUUUUUGUUUUUUUUCCUCUUAUUUAUUACUUUUGUGUCCUGUGUAUUCAAAAAAUUGUUACGAUCAACCCCUCAACUCUAAAAUAUGUGUGUUUGUGUUUGUAAAUCAAUGGUUACCCCAAACCCUAGUCGAAACCA